UAUGAAUGAGACUACUAAUCACUGUCACAUGUUCAUAAAGACAUAAACCAUGAAUCAUAACCCCCAAGAAUGAAGUUGGGUUUUGUUCCAAACACCCUUCCAUCCUCUACCUUGUUACCUCCCCUAAUAUUUAACCUUCCCAUCUCACUUCCAUUCUCUCAGCCUCAAACCACAUCCUCAGGGAGAAAGAGCUUAAUUCAUCGUGUGCAAAACAUUGAUCAUAAAUUUGAGCCAAUUCUUAGUCAUACGAUGGCUUCAGAACAGGAAUUCUCAGAACUGAAUAGAAAUCUUUACCCUCACAUAGAACCCUACAGUACUGGAUUAUUGAAGGUUUCAGAUCUUCAUACUAUCUACUGGGAACAAUCAGGAAACCCCAGUGGGCAUCCGGUUGUCUUCCUCCAUGGAGGUCCCGGAGGGGGAACUUCCCCAAGUAAUCGGAGAUUCUUUGAUCCUGAGUUCUACCGAAUUAUACUAUUUGAUCAGCGAGGUGCAGGGAAAAGUACACCCCAUGCUUGCUUAGAGCAUAACACCACAUGGGACCUCAUUGAUGACAUUGAAAAGUUAAGAGAGCACUUGGAGAUUCCAGAAUGGCAGGUAUUUGGCGGGUCAUGGGGAAGCACGCUAGCCCUGGCAUAUAGCCAAUCUCACCCGGACAAGGUUACUGGCAUAAUUCUCAGAGGAAUUUUCCUUUUAAGGAAGAAAGAGAUUGAUUGGUUUUACGAGGGUGGUGCUGCUGCAAUAUUCCCUGAUGCUUGGGAGCCGUUUAGAGACCUUAUUCCAGAAAAUGAGAGAGGAUGCUUCGUUGAUGCCUAUAAGAAAAGGUUAAACUCUGAUGAUAUCCAAACGCAGUUUGCAGCUGCUAGAGCAUGGACCAAAUGGGAAAUGAUGACCGCUCAUCUUAUUCCAAAUGAAGAUAACGUCAAAAAAGGGGAUGAUGAUCACUUCUCACUAGCAUUUGCGAGGAUUGAAAACCACUAUUUCGUAAACAAGGGAUUCUUCUCAUCAGAUUCGUACCUGUUGGACGGGGUGGAUAAAAUAAGGCAUAUCAACACCACAAUUGUGCAGGGACGAUAUGAUGUUUGUUGUCCUAUGAUGUCAGCUUGGGAUCUUCAUAAAGCAUGGCCAGAAGCAGAUUUUAGGGUAGUUGCAGAUGCAGGACAUUCAGCCAAUGAGCUAGGCAUAGCUGCUGAACUUGUGGCUGCAAAUGAGAAACUGAAAAACAUAAUCAAGAAUAAAGGGGGACUAAAGUGAGUGGAGCAGCAAAUAAAAAAAGGUGCAGUUACAGACUAAUCAGAUGCUGCUGAAACAUUUAUCCAUUGCUGGUUUGUUCUGCAAGGAAAUAAAUUGCAAGUGACUGUAUUGCCUUGAUAAUUCUCAAUUUUCUUUUCCUAAGGUUGUGAAGGUAUUUUUUUGUUCCAGAUUGUAGGGGUCAAACCCUACACAUUGCUCAUGUCCUCCUACCUAAACUCUUCCACAAUUAUCGUAAUUGAAUUGAAAUGCACAUGAAUCUGAUUAGUUUGUGAUCCUGAA